AAUACGGAGUAUGAACAUUGGGUUUUGACCUGGUAUUUGCUACGGCUCAAGUUGGAAACUUUCUUGAUUUUUGAAACCAAACACUUCCUCCCUAUCUCUCUGCCCUCAAUCAUUUCCUAAUAAUCUGCCGAAAUUUCUUUCCUUUUUGGAUACCCAUUUGUCGAAGAUGCAUGAUUUUUGCUUCACAAUUCCCUACGGUUUAGUUCUGGUGUGUGGUGGAAUCGUUGGAUUUGCCAAGAAAGGAAGCAUAGCUUCACUGGGUGGAGGCCUUGGCACUGGAUUUUUGCUCAUCCUAGCUGGUUAUCUCAGCCUCCAAGCUUUUCACAAGCGCAAGAACUCAUACUUCGCCUUGAUUGUUGAAACUGUUUGUGCUGCCGUGCUGACUUGGGUCAUGGGACAACGCUACAUGGAAACCUCAAAAAUAAUGCCUGCAGGUGUUGUUGCCGGGAUAAGUGCACUUAUGACGGGAUUUUACCUGUUCAAGAUUGCCACUGGUGGGAACCAUUUCCCCUCCAAGAGCGAGUAAUGCGUGUUCUGAUUCCACAUUGUUUUGUUGGAUAAUCCAGAUUGAGGUCUUCACACUGUGAAUUUAACAGUUUCGUUUUGUACAACAUGGCACUGUCCUAAGCAUAGAAAGUGUUUUUUUUUUUUUUUUUUUUUUUUUUUUUUUUUGGGUCUCUCCUCGCGUGUUCGUAACGUUUAUAGCGUCUGUUCUGACAAAUGAAAAUGAUCAAAGAUUUAUCCAAACUUGUAAUGUUUUGGUGCAUUGUUAAUGAAUGAGCUCUAAACUUGUUUUCUUCAUAAAA